AUGACGGAAGACGUUUCUGCUAAACACGCCCGUUUCAACGACAAAAAAGUUCGAAAGACAAACGAACGGGGACGUGUGUUGACGAUGAAAUAUGGGAAGCAUCAAAUGAUGCUAAUAAAGAAACGAAUGGGCGUGGAAGAUUGGAUUGAUGAUAAAUUGAAUGAGCUGUACAACGGUGACACGGUAUUAUGA